ACGUUAUUUGAAAAAAUACUUUUAAGUAGGCUGUCCACCUCUAGUUGUGGAGUUAUUAUAAAUCUAUACAUACUUUUUAUAACAUUUAUUAUUUUGGAAAGUUAACAAAAACAAACAGCAACGAAGCUAUGACGAACGACCACGCAAAACUACAACACCCAUGAUGCAUCCGGAGGAAACGCGUCAGUCACAGAAUGACGUAUUAACAUUGAGCGGGGAGAAUCAAAACUACUGAGGUGUUUGUCUGAUUCAGCUACCAAAAGUAACAACAUUACAUACACGCAGUAUGCAGAGGAUCAGUCGCCUGAAGCGCGAGCUGCAGCUCCUCGCCGCUGAACCUCCUCCUGGAGUCUCGUGCUGGCAGAUGGAGGGGCGCGUGGAUGAACUACAAGCCCAGAUUGUCGGAGGUUCAAGCACUCCCUAUGAGGGAGGUGUAUUUACAUUGGAAAUCAAACUACCUGAGAGGUAUCCGUUUGAGCCUCCGAAGAUCAGUUUCCUUACACCCAUCUAUCACCCUAACAUCGAUAAUGCAGGACGCAUUUGUCUCGAUGCUCUGAAGUUGCCCCCAAAGUCCUCAGAAUUUAAAUACAACAAAGCACUGUACCUGGAGAAGGCAAAGAAAUGGACGACUGAACAUGCAGUUCAGAAAAACAAGGGUUGUGAGGAAGCAGAUGAAAAGAGCUCUUUUGGAAAUACAAAUAAGAAAACCGCACAAAAAAGAGAAGCAUUAAGUGCACAGGAGAAUUUAGAGCAAUCUAAGAAAGUAUGUAUGUAGUUUAUUUUACAAACAAGCUUGUUUAUGUUUGUAGUACUGUGGAUUUAUUUUUGUCUGUUUAUUGUUUUUGAUAUGAAUGUAAUAAAAUAUAUUUGAACUGCA